AUGUGUAUUCCUGGUCCUGAUUGUUAUGAAUGCAGAGGAAUUGAUUGCUUUUGUAUUAGAUCUAAGCCUUUAACUUGCAAUCCGAUAACCCGCACUUCACCAAGAAAAUGUAUUAAUAAGAAAUGUGGAUAUGAUAAUACAAUUAGUAAUCUUAGUAUUACAGAAGUAACCAACCUUAAACGUUUUAUUACUUAUUCUAUGAUUUCUUAUUGCCUAAAUUCUGCAACUUGGAAAUGUGGACCACUUUGUGAUCGUAUUCCUCAAGCUGUUGUUGUAAAGACAUUUACAAUUAAACCUAACUUUUGGAUACAGCUCUUUGGGUCGGAUGCUUAUGCUUAUACAGUGAUUACUACAAACUCUAAUGAUCAGGAGAUCGUUGUCACGUUCAGAGGAACUGCUGAUGACAGAAAUAAAAUGAAGAACUUUGAAUUUGCACAAGCUCCACAUGGAUAUGCAUCAACAUCUAUUCCAACUUCUUCUGAUGAUGUUAAAGUUCAUUAUGGCUUCUAUUCGAUUUUGGCGGUGGUUUCUUUAGCUUUAUUGACAGCACUAGAUAUUAAGCAAUUUUUUAAAGAAGCUAGUUCGUACCUUUACACAUAUAGUGAACCUUGGGUUGAAAAUUCAAAGUUUGCUUCAUUUGUAAACAAUAAUUUGAACCUUAUUUUAAGAGUUGUCAAUAAAGCUAAACUUGUACUCCAUCUACCACCACUUAUUGCUGGUUAUGAACAUCAUAAAGGCGAAGUUUGGAUUGCUGAUCCGACAAACGUAGUUAAGUGUUCAGAUGAUGAGAACUAUUCUUGUUCUGAUUCUGUUCCAAUGCCAAUUAUGGAUGAUCAUUUUGGUCCGUAUUGGGAUAUUUCUAUUAAUACUGGAUUAUGUAAAUAG